GAAAGUUUUAUUGACUCCGAUGAGUCCCAUCGUUGAACCUGUCCAUGCUUUCCCCCGUUCUAAUAUUGCCUGCUCCAAGGCCUUUACUAAUCAGCAGUUUUGGUACCUAGAAAAGCAUGGCGCGACUAAUACUAAUAGUAUGUGGAUUUUCUAUUCAUAAGUUUACCUCCCUUCCCUGCGAUCCAAGUGAAGUAUCCAGUGCGCCCGGGGCCAUUGGUUUGCCUUUUCCAGUCCGUCAUUAACCGUUUCGAUUCCAAACUAUAUUGACCUCCUCAAUACUUCAUCACCUUGCCGCUGUCAACUUCCGCAGAGCUACCGCCAUACAUAAUCACCGCGAACGCUACGAGCUUGAUUUCGCAUUUUCUCAUAUUUUAAAUGGAUCCGCUUGUAAACAGCCAAGCUUCGGAUAAGUAUUUGCGAAUUGCGUCCAUUUCCAUUGCAUUGUACGAUUAUGUGAUAACGCUCCCCGCAGAAUGGCGGUUUUACAGAAGUCAAUCCUCAAUUUUUCACCUCAGUAUUGCCUGUAUCUUAUUCAUCCUCAUACGCUAUGUUAGUAUCGUAGUCAUGCUACUCAGCAAUUAUGGAUACUUCGCCACCGACAUCACCCCAGAAAUCUGUCGACGUUACUACAUUUUGGCGCCUAUCUUCAAAGUUUUACAAACGAUGGUAUCGCAGGUCAUCAUCGGUUUCAGGACAUGGAAUAUUGCAAGGAGAAAUAGGCGGGUAGGAAUUGCUCUAGCGCUGCUAUUCCUCACUGCAGUUACGCUGGAGUGGUUCACCAAUAUGUUUGACCGGAUCCCUGUCACUGAUGAGCCUGGAAACUGUACCCCAGGAAAUGCUGGCAAAACAUUGUCCGCCUGGCUUUACUACGUCACUGCGAUGAUGUACGAUCUAGUGAUUUUGACCAUUUCCACUGUGCAUCUUCUGCAAUAUGAUGUUCUCAGCAACAGGUUAGAGCGAAUAGUACGGGUCCUGAUGUAUGAUGGCAUUGGAUAUUUGGUCGUACUGACAGGAUCGAACGUAUUGAACAUAGUACUGUAUCGCGAGUCUGAUGUCCAAACUCAGUCGGCAGGGGCAUCAAUAGGUUAUGCUGUAACGUGGAUCAUGAGUCAACGAAUUCUCAUCCAUUUACGAGAAAUGCAACAAGCCCCCCCGCAUAUGGAAACUGUAGUCCUCGCACGUCCUGCAAAAAAUGCAAAGAAUAUAAUGUCCGAUUUCCUCUCCAAAAGCAAUGUCGACUUCGUAACAUCGCCGCGUAGUAUGCACAUCAACAAUGACAUGGAGCUCGACAUACGCGUAUGCGUUGAGCGUUCGGUGGUCGUAGACUACACGGAUGAAUCAGGACGUGUCGCCUAGUAGCGGCUACACCAAUCAAGUGACACCAGGUGAUGCACCGCUAUUUAUAUAUAUGUCAUAUCUGCUGUGCCAUGUAGUUAUGGGUGUUCGUGCACUUGUACUUAGGUCUUGGCAUGCAACCUUUGACAGUGGAGUGAUUGCGUGAUGGGUACUGCUUAUAUAUAGGCCAUGGAGCUGGGAGCCUGAGCAGUGGAGGGACUUAGGGGAGCGCUGCAGUAGGAAACGGAAGAAUAUAAACCAUAAAUGUCGGUUUCUAUCUUCACUGUGCAUGAAUGAAUGAUCAUAUCAUAGGAAAA